AUGAGGGCUUCAUUUUAUGUCAUUCUAUUUCUGAACAUUUUAUUGUUUGAUGGUAAUUUUUUGGCUGCUGGAUUGUUGUCCAACCCUGACAAAUUCAUUGAGGCUAGAGAUGCAGAUGGUAUAGUUAAAUUAGACAAGAGGUCUUACAUGAGGGUUAGUGAAGGUAUCAGGGAUACCUAUUCUGUCGUUCUUGUCAACCAACCUUAUGCAGAAGCAUGUGAUUCAUGUAUUCUGUUUGGUAAACAAGCCAGAGAAAUAAGUAGAACGUUGCUUCAAAACAAGCCAGAUAUCAAUGUGAUUUUUUAUGAUAUUGAUCCUUAUGAGGUUCUAAUGGUCCAAGAAGAUUUGCGAAUUGAGUAUUUACCAACUCUAUUGAUCUAUCCACCACCUACAAGGAAAAAUUUUCAUAUGUCUACAGCCGCACAUACAAGGUUGACUGCAAUGACCUUAGAAGAACUAGAAGAUGUUAAUUACGUGAAGAAUUUUAUUACCAAUGGUUUGAACAUUACGUUAGAAGAUCUGGAAAUGACAGUCCCUGAGCAAUUCAAUGUUGUGUCAUAUGGGAAAUAUUUUGGUAUCUUUGUAGCAACAGGUAUUGCUUCGGAGGCCUUACUUGCGGUAUUAAAGUAG